CGACAUUUCUUCUAGUCCAAUCACCUGAAGGCGGCCGUGGAGCAGCGGAGGAUGCAGCAGGCGGCACUAGGUGUUUCCAGCACCUACGAUGAGGCGGACAAGUCCGAUCCAGCAGAGGAAGAGCUACGGGAUCAGAUGGAAGCGGAAAAGAAGCGAUACAAAACACAUUUCAGUCGACUCAAAAGCCUCAAGACUGAGAUCGAACACCUGCAGCUUCUACUGGAGAAGGCAAAGGUCAAAGUGCAGAAGGACUUUGAGGACUGGUGGUCCCAGGAGGCGUCAGAGCUGCAGAAUCAUCCGGAGGUAGACAUGCGCAGUUCUCCAUCUCCUUUUUCGCAGCAUCCACACAGUAUUUUCAAGAAUGCGACCAACAGCAGCAGCAGCUUUGAGAGGCCGGAGUCCGGUCACAGGGCCUCCCGCGGCGCAGACACUCCCAUCCCGCUCACCGGGGACAGCCAGACGGACGCGGACAUCCUGGCCUUCGUCAGAGCGCGGCAGAACCUGCUGAACCGGAAAGGCUCUGGGCAUCAGUGACAUCAUCUACGCAGCGCCAAACCUGACAAAAACCACAGGAAGUCCUUGUCUUCCAGCAAAGAUGCAGUGUGGGGCCCCUGGGGGCCAGUGGUUGUAAUGCUGUGGGCUGAGGAGGGACAGCGGCGUUGGUUGAGGAUGGAGACGUCACCAAUAAGAGCCAAACAAUAAAACCCCACCAGCACCACAUAAUAAGAUCUGCAGCUCAAUCACACACACACACCGUAGAUCUGCAGUUCAAUCACACACACACCGUAGAUCUGCAGCUCAAUCACACACACACCGUAGAUCUGCAGCUCAACCACACAUACAUACGGUAGAUCUGCAGCUCAAUCACACACAAACCGUAGAUCUGUAGCUCAAUCACACACACACUGUAGAUCUGCAGCUCAAUCACACACACACAGAUCUGCUGCUCAAUCACACACACACCGUAGAUCUGCCGCUCAAUCACACUCACCAUAGAUCUGCAGCUCAAUCACACUCACCGUAGAUCUACAGCUCAAUCACACACACCGUUGAUCUGCAGCUCAAUCACACACAAACCGUAGAUCUGUAGCCCAAUCACACACACAUACCGUAGAUCUGCAGCUAAAUCACACACACACUGUAGAUCUGCAGCUCAAUCACACACACACAGAUCUGCUGCUCAAUCACACACAGACCAUAGAUCUGUAGCUCAAUCACACACACAUACCAUAUAUCUGCAGCUAAAUCACACAUACAUACGGUAGAUCUGCAGCUCAAUCACACACACAUACCUUAGAUCUGCAGCUAAAUCAUACAUACAUACGGUAGAUCUGCAGCUCAAUCACACACACACCGUAGAUCUGUAGCUCAAUCACACACACACUGUAGAUCUGCAGCUCAAUCACACACACACCCCAUAGAUCUGCAGCUCAAUCACACACACACUGUAGAUCUGCAGCUCAAUCACACACACACAGAUCUGCAGCUCAAUCACACACACACAGAUCUGCAGCUCAAUCACACACAGACCAUAGAUCUGUAGCUCAAUCACACACAGACCAUAGAUCUGUAGCUCAAUCACACACACACCGUACUCCCAGGUCCCCAGAAUAGUAGAAAAGCAAGAACAAAAGAAAUUGCCUGUGUGAACAGGAGGCUACGGCCACCGCAACAAAAACAAUGGGAAAGAUACAAUUUAUGAGAACUCCAAAAAAGAUUUAAUUUUCAAAUCAAGUUUUUAUGUAUAAAAUAUUUUUAAUAAUUGUUUGUGUCUUUUUAUUUUAUUUUAUUAUGAAACUAGACGAGUAUCCGGCAUUGCCCGGUUUUUCCUUCCUAAUCCUUGUUGGGGAGGAAAAUCAACAAAGGAGGAAGACUUCAUAUCCCGUCCUUAUAUAUUGUUGUCAUAUCCCAACCCCAUAUCCUGUCCUCAUAUCCCGACCUCCUAUCCUGUCAUCAUAUCUCGACCUCCUAUCCCGACCUCCUAUCCUGUCAUCAUAUUUCGACCUCUUAUCCCGUCCUCAUAUCUCGACCUCUUAUCCCAUCCUUAUAACCCAACCUCAUAUCCCGUCCUCAUAUCCUGACCUCCUAUCCCGUCCUCCUAAAUCGUCCUCAUAUCCCGUCCUCAUCUCCCAUCCUCAUAUCUCGACCUCCUAUCCCGACCUCAUAUUCUGUCCUCAUAUCUCAACCUCAUAUCCUGUCCUCAUAUCCCGUCCUUAUGUCCCAUCCUCAUAUUCUGUCCUGAUUUGUGAUGAAGAUAUUGUAAGCUGAAAAUAGAAGGGGAGGUGGCUUUGUGGGACUGGGUGUGAUUUGCAAGCCAGACCGAUGCACAAAACGGGUAGAUAAUAAAAGGGGUGGGGCUUAAACUGUGGCCAUUUAUUUGUGAGAUGGGGUGUGGCUUGCAAGCCGGAUUGACACAUUAACCAGGAGAUACAGAGCGGAGCUUGUGGAGUAAGGUACUGGAAGUCCCAUAUACUUGCAUGGGACUUAAAAAAAAAAAACAUCUUUUAUAUAAGGGUGUAGGUAAGGGUUAAAGGGCUUCUCCCUUGU